CAGGACGGGCGCCCUCGGCUUCAUUCUGACGGUAGACCAGGCAGCCGCAGAGAGAAAGCGAAAGGAGGAAGUGAGGCAGGAAAGCUAAAUAAAAAAGAAAAAAAGGCAGCCGAAUUUCCCUUCGCGGUGUGCUUUUCGCGUGCAAAAGCUCUUCGCUCUCCCUCCAAUCAUGAAAGCAUUCAGUCCUGUGCGAUCUGUCAGGAAAAACAGCCUCUCGGAACACAGCCUGGGAAUAUCCCGGAGCAAAACCCCGGUGGAUGACCCUAUGAGUUUGCUGUACAACAUGAACGACUGCUACUCUAAACUGAAAGAGCUGGUGCCCAGCAUCCCGCAGAACAAGAAAGUCAGCAAGAUGGAAAUCCUGCAGCAUGUUAUUGACUACAUCCUGGACCUGCAGAUCGCUCUCGACACGCAUCCCAGCAUUGUCAGCCUCCAUCACCAGAGACCGGGACAAAACCCUUCCUCCAGAACCCCCCUGACCACCUUAAACACAGACAUCAGCAUCUUGUCGUUACAGGCAGCUGAAUUCCCCUCAGAGUUAAUGUCAAAUGACAGCAAAGCACUUUGUGGCUAAAUGAAUCGGUAAGUGCUCAGUUUCUGAGUUUUUAAGAGUGUUUGAUCUAACAAAGUCUCCCGGUUGGAGGUGUGGAAGGGGUAUGAGAGCGGUAUCUGACUGGUGUUCAGAGUAUACUCCGAACUGCCUAAAAAUUGUACUGCACUGAGGAUUUGGAUCAGUGAGAAUUAAGCCACAAAUUCGUGUUCCCUUCUGUGUAUGAACCAAUAUGUUCACUGGAGACAGACUUCCAAAGUUUAAUGUCUAGGGACAGAGAUAACUGCUGUUCUGAUUACUGGAUUGUUCCGGGGAUCAGUUAAAGAAUAUGUAACUAAAUAAUUGCUUUCGCAUCUCUUGUCAGUGCAGGCAGGCAUUCAAACAUAAGAGUGUGUGCACACGGACUUGUGUUUUCUGCCAGUCCUCAGCAGCCCUCCAACAUACAUCUAUAAUUUCAUUUAGAGUGAGAGAGAGUGUGUGUGAGAGCGGGAGAGUGAGUGAGCAAGAAAGGGAGAACUUGUGUGCGCAUGCUGCAUCUGGACGCCAGAAUAUGCCCAAUCUUUGAGUGUUUGGUUAAAUGUUCAAACUGUGGCUUCCUCUCUGGCGCCAGUCUGUCCGGAUCUCUGCCCUGUUAGCAUUCUUCUAAAUAUGCCUCUCUUCAAUCUUUUGCAGGUGUUUGCUGACUGCUUUUUUUUUUUUUUUUUUGCACAAGAGGAGACAGCUUUUUUUUUCUCCCAAGCUGCUGAAUCUGAUUUUCAGCUGUAUCUGGAGGGGGAUCCAUAUCCAAUUAAAUGGACACUUUUAAGAAAAAUUGUGGACGCCACCUCCCCUGUUCUACACCAUGGACUAAUCUUAAUUAUUUAUGAAAAGACUUUUAAAAUGCCCUUUCCCUAGUCGGAAGGCUUCAAUUAUAUACUAUUCCCACAACGGGGAGCGAAAUGAAAUGUAAAAAACUCUUAAGGAAUUGCCCAUAUUAAAUCAGACUUUGCCUUUUUUAUCUCCAAAAGGUGGAGCGUGAGUACUAGAAGGAGUUAGUGUUCAGUUUUUCAGUGAAGUCUUUGUCAAAAAUUAUUCUCUUUUGACACAAGUGUAGGACUGAAUGCUGUGUAUAUAUUUAUAUAUAAAUAUGGGAAUGAAACUCUGAACUCUUUAAUUAGAGUUUUCUUGUAUAGUAGCAGAAAUGUACAUUUCUGCAAAAAGUGUAAUGAUGUACGUAAUCAUGCUGAACUUUUUAUAAAAGUUUAGUUGUAAACUUAACCUUUUUAUACAAAAUCAGAAUAAAUUGUGUGUUUAUUGAA